AUGCCUGCCGAGACAAAAAGGUGGUACCAGAUCAGAUGGUUUGCCGACUCUGACACCAAGCAAGACCGGAAGCUCAUCUGCAAGCUGGACUUGCUCAUCGUGCCCUAUGCCUUUCUCGCGUACUGGGCCAAGUACAUUGACCAAGCCAACCUCAACAAUGCCUAUGUCGCGGGCAUGAAGGAAGACCUGGGCCUCAACGGAAACCAUCUGAUCCAGCUGCAGUCGCUCUACAUUGUCGGCGCCGUCUACCGCGCGGCUUCGUACGGCGAACUGGCCGCGUACCGAUUCUUGGUGGGCUUAUUCGAGGCCGCCUUCUUCCCAGCCAUGCACUACAUCUUCGGCUCCUGGUACCGCGGCAACGAAAUCGCCCGGCGCGGGGGCGUCUUCUACGUCGGCCUGACGCUCGGCACGCUGACGGCCGCGCUGAUCCAGUCGAGCGCCUCGGCGCGCCUCGACGGCGUCAGCGGCCUCGCCGGGUGGCGCUGGAUGUACAUCAUCUGCGCCGUCAUCACGCUCCCCAUCGGCGUCAUCGGCUACUUCAUCCUCCCCGGCACGCCGGACCAGCCGAACCGACUAUUUCUCACCGACGCCGAGAUUGCGCUGGCCCGGGAGCGGCUGCAGCGCGACGGCCACCAGUCCUCGGGCAAGGUGACGUGGGCCACGGUCCGGAGCCUGGUCACGCGCUGGCAGGUGUGGCUCCUCGUGCUGCUCGAUGUCUUCUUCUGGAACGGCAGCAUCAACACCACGACGGGCGGCUAUCUGCUCUGGCUCAAGAGCCUCGGCCGGUACAGCAACGCCAGGCUCAACGCGCUCGGCGCCAUCUCCCCGGGCCUCGGCAUCUUCUACACGCUGCUCGUCUGCUUCGCGUCGGAUCUGCUCCUCGGCCCGGCCUGGGCCAUUACCCUGUCGCACGCGUGGAACAUUGUCGGCCUCGUUAUCCUCGUCGUGUGGGACGUGCCCGAGGGCGCCAAGUGGUUUGCCUUUUUCACCACGUACUCGGCCGUUGCCAUGUCCAGCGUGCUGUACGGAUGGGUUAAUAGUCAGCUGCGUGCUUCGCCUGCUGAGAGGUCGUUUACGCUCGUCAUGAUUAAUGCCAUUUCGCAGUCUACGACGGCUUGGACGCAGAUACUGACGUUUCCCACUGUCGAGGCCCCGCGGUUCACCAAGGGAUAUGCCUUUGUAUUGGCCAACGCAGUAUGCUUGAUCGCGCUCGCUCACGUCCUGGCGCGAGACGGCAAGAGCGAUCGUUUGACGGAUACUGAAAGGUCUGUCGUGGAAGAGGUUGACGAAGUGACGACAGAGUCAGAUACACCGGACAAGCUCCAUUAA